CAUCUAUUCUUCUAAAUGACUUCGAAUACUUUUAACCAGAAAAAGUUCAUACCCACACCACCGGAAAAGGGCAGCUUCCCUUUGGAUCACGAAAGUUUGUGUAAAAAAUAUUAUUUACUCUAUAUGAGCUGUCUGCGUCGCAGUGACGAUCAAAAUUCACAUUGCCGCAAAGAAGCUCAAGAAUAUUUAGAUUGUCGCAUGAAGAAUCAGUUAAUGGAACAGACUGAAUGGUCGAAAUUGGGUUUCAGUGAAGGCGAGACGAAAGCCAAUAAAACGGAUAAAACACCGCAAUAG